AUGACAACAUUCAGAGAGAACGGCAGCAGCAACCCUGCUGCUGCAGCAGCAGCAGCAGCAGUUGCUGCUGCUUCUUCUUCUUCUUCUCAUACCUCGGAUGAUGAACAGCAGCAGCAGCAGCAGCAGCAACCAAGACAGCAAGGAGGAUAUCCUCAUGAUUUCCCUUGGCUACAGCUAUGGGAGGUCUGGCAAAGAGGAAGUAUGACCCCAUUAGAUAAAGGAGAAACAUGGUAUGUAGUGAAUGCAGGUUUCCUUAAGGUACUGCAGCAAGAAGCAACAAGACUAAGAGCAGGGAUGUCCUCGGACUUAGUAGCAAAAACAUUAUGCGCCCUAGAUAAAUUUAUUAUACAAUCUAAGCAGCGUGCCCAGCAGCAGCAGCAGCAGCAACUGCAGCAGCAACAGCAGCAGCAGCAGCAGCAGCAGCAGCAUGCACAAAUACGUAUAGUUAAUACUCCUCUUCUUUCUGCUGAUGGAUUAAAGAACGGAUUUGCUACAAAGAGAUCGAGGCUACUCACAGGCAUAGAGAAACAAAUGGGUUUGGCGUUUCAAGUAUGCGACGCAGCAACAUGGGCUGUAUUGACAGCUUGGGUGUCUCAUGAUAUAGAGGUUCCUCGUGGGGUGUAUAGGCAGGGUAGUAGGCUGCAGGUAGAGGUGCAGCCUCUGCUGCUGCAUGCAUUUCGUGCUGCUCCUGGUUGCUGCAGCAGCAGCAGCAGCAGCAGCAACAGCAACAGCAGCACAUGCAAGGAAGCAGCAACAGAAUAUGUUGGGCCUUUUGUUGCUAUGAGGUCUGAUCCUAUUGAUGUACUUAUACAUAAGUUUAAGGAGGUGGUGGGGUUGGAGUCCUUUGAGGCUGUCUUACAUAUCUCUUAUAGAGUUAUGGAGGAUCGUGGGGGCCCCCCUUCCUCAAUGGGGGCCCCCCCAAUAGGUGUAGGGGCCCCCUCUGUUGCUCCUGCUCCUGUUCCUGCUGCACCUGCUGCUACUGGUGCUGCUACUGCUACUGCUGCUGCUGCUGCUGCUGGUGGUGGUGGUGGGGGUCGUAAUAAGAUGUAUGCCCCUAUAGAUAGCUGGGUACAAUUGUAUAAUGAUGGAUUAGAUACAGAG